AUGCAGGGAAGGAUUCAUCUGGUCCGUCACGCCGAAGGUCUCCAUAAUCUACGCUCUGAUUUGAACAUCCCGGACGCUCCUCUGAGCCAAAGAGGCUGGUACGAAGCGCAGGAAUUGGGCAGACGUUUCAUCAAAGAUAAUUCCAACGUUGUUUGUGCGAUUGUUUCGAGUCCACUGCGCAGAGCAAUUCAGACAUCUCUCGCAGCAUUUCCACGAAUACUGAACUCCGCCCUUUCUCCAGAGGAUCGUGGACGAGCUGUAAAGCUGGUCUUAUAUGCCAAUCUUCAGGAAAUUAGCGACUACCCAGCGAACACAGGCUCUUCCCUCAGCAAGCUGGAAAAUGAAUUUCCAGAGAUAGCACCGCAAAUCCAUCACCUAGACCCAAAAUGGUACAUCAAGUCAGGGUCUAACUCACCACUGCCGGAUUUUAAGGCUGUUAUCUUGGAAGAGUUAAACCGAAUCCUGGAAUCAUUAACAACCACCGAAGAGCCAGAGAUUAUUGUUGUGACUCACCAAGGUAUCAUCUCCCUUCUCGCGCCAAAUGUUGACAUUCCGAUGGGGCAAUGGAAAACCUUCCAGUUAAGUAGGAACGGUGGAGAACAGCUCGUUCUGCACUAA